CAAAGUCCAUGUUUCUCUUUGCUUUCUAAGCUCCAUUGCAGACAUUAAUUUCAAAAUUAAAAAGGCAAUUCCACUCAUUUACCUUCCUCCGAUAUUUCCUUUCGAUGCUUUUUUCUUGAAUUGUGGACCACUUCAAACAUUCAUAUCGGAUUACGCUCGCGGUCUGCUAUCGUUUAAUAGCAGACAAGAAAAUACAAAAUGGCUAUUUUUUUAACGACGUGUUUUUUAAUUUUUAUAUCAGUGCAACAGGCCGAAUUAUCCGGUGUGUUUGAGUUGAAAGUGCAUUCUUUCACAACCACGAGCAGUGUGUGUAAACGGUCCAGAGACUGUCAGAUAUUUUUCCGUGUUUGCCUGAAGCACUCGCAGGACGUCAUCUUACCUGAGCCGCCGUGCACCUAUGGCACUGGAUUGACAGGAGUAUUCAGCGCAGACCAGAGCUCCAUCUCCAGCAGUGCGCCUAUAAAAGUUCCGUUUAAUUUUAAGUGGCCGGGAACUGUCUCGUUGAUAAUUGAAGCAUGGAACGCAGAAUCCUCUUCUGAACAGUCAACAGAGAAUGUGAACAAUAUGAUCAGCCGUUUGGCAACCAAAAGAAGACUCGCCAUUGGGGAGGACUGGUCCCAGGAUGUGCAUUUUGGAGAGCGAAGCGAACUGCGCUUUUCUUACCGCGUCGUGUGCGAUGAAUUUUACCACGGCGAGGACUGCUCGGAUUUCUGCCGGCCACGGGAUGAUCCGUUCGGCCAUUUCAACUGCGAUGCAGCCGGCAAUAGAAUCUGCUUGACUGGAUGGAAAGGCGAAUAUUGCGCUGAACCCAUCUGCUCGUCUGGCUGUAGCGAGGAGCACGGUUAUUGUGAGGCCCCUGGUGAGUGCAAGUGCCGCCUCGGGUGGCAGGGGCCCCUCUGCGAUGAGUGCCUCCAAUACCCGGGAUGCUUGCACGGCACCUGCAGCCAACCCUGGCAGUGCACUUGCAAGGAGGGAUGGGGUGGCUUAUUCUGCAACGAGGAUCUGAAUUUCUGCACCAAUCACAAGCCCUGUGUAAAUGACGCCACGUGUACCAACACUGGCCUGGGCAGUUACACCUGUACUUGCAGGCCCGGAUUCGGUGGCACAAACUGCGAGAUCGAGACCAAUGAGUGUGACAGCAACCCAUGCAAGAACGGAGGCAGCUGUAAUGAUCUGGUGAAUGAUUACUCCUGCACAUGCCCUCAAGGCUUCUAUGGGAAGAACUGCGAGAUCAGUGCAAUGACCUGUGCUGAUGGACCCUGCUUCAAUGGAGGAACAUGUAUGGAGAAGGGAACCGGCGGCUACUCCUGUCACUGCCCAACAGGUUACAUGGGCUCCAACUGUGAGAAGAAGAUUGACCGGUGCAGCAGUGACCCCUGUGCCAAUGGUGGCCGGUGUCUUGAUUUGGGUCACAGCUUGAUGUGCCGCUGUCGCCUUGGCUUCAAAGGCUUGCGCUGCGAAAUAAACAUUGAUGACUGUGCACUCAACCCAUGCUAUAACGCCGGUACCUGUGUGGACGGCAUCAACGACUAUACCUGCACAUGCACGCUUGGUUUCACAGGCAAGGACUGUAACAUCCGUGCUGAUGCCUGUAGCAAAAUGCCAUGUGAGAAUGGAGGGACCUGCUACACCCACUUUUCAGGACCCGUCUGUCAGUGCCCACCAGGCUUCAUGGGCACACAGUGCGAGUAUAAAGAGAAGCCCACUCUUUUCCCAGCUCCCUUAAUGGUUUCAUUUACUCUGGGUCUCAUCACGUUCAUCCUUGUGGUCUGUGCUGCUACUGUGGUCUUGAGACAGAUGCGCCAAAACCACAAAGCCACCUCAACUACUGUGCGCAACGACUUGGAAACGGUCAACAACCGCACCUCUUUAACCUCUAACUCAACGUUAGGCUUUAAGGAGAAGGAGGCCUUUCUUAUUCCUGGUGGUCCUUAUAAGGUGUCCAAUAAGGAUGUGGCACUCGCCUCCUCCGUUGUGGACACUCAUUCCAGUGACAAAUCAAAUUACAAGCAAAAUAUGGUGGACUACAAUUUGACCGUAAACGAAAAACACACAAACAACAAGCUUGAACUGAAAAACUCAGAAUCAACAUUAUUGGUUCCCACUUUGAACUAUCCGAAAGAGGGAUUAUAUCAUCCUGUAUACAUCAUUCCAGAACACAUGGAACAAUGUGUGUUUGCUACUGAGGUUUAACAGUACUCAACAAUCUGGAACACUUUAAUCAUCAUUGGACCAAUGGGCCCAGAAAUGUUUACAGUCUGAAAGGACAAUAGGACUGAAGAGAGCAUAUAUUCUAUCUACAUAUUUAUUUAUUCAUGCUGCUCAUUAAAAAGGACUACUUAUUGAUAUGGACAAUAAUUUUGUGAAGACAAAGCAAGAAUGUUAUGGACUUUAGGAACAAUUUGCAUUAUUUGCACUAUUUUCUUUUCCAUUUUUAAUGUCCCAAAUACAAUUAUCUAUAUUUCAUCAUAUUUCAAUUGUACAUAAAGACCAAGAACUCUCUGGAAGAGCUGAGGAGAAUCAAGGAUUCAUAAAUUACCAAACGGCAAAUGCUUUUUUUUUUAUAUCUUGAGGCCUUAAAAGGACGAAAACGGGCUUCAUCUCAAUCUACGUUUCACAAGAGGCCUUUCUUACCCAAUCAAUCAGCCUUUAAGGAGGUGUAACUGAAGAAUGUGGAAGUCUGACCAUGGAGUAUAUAUAUAUAUAUCCAUAUAUAUAUAAAUAUAUACAUAUGGUUCGAAAUGCUAUUUAUGAACAAUUAUGGAUUUGUGAGGAAAAGCAAUCAGAGUUAAGUGAAACAAGCUAUUUCGGCUGUGAACAAUGUGAACAACAAUCUUGAGAAUCUACAGUUUAAAAUGACUGUGUAACCAAUAACUUUUACUCCGUAUUUAGUGCCUACAAUGGAUUUGACUAUCAAUGAUAUUCACUCUGGCCAAACUCAAUCUUUACUAAGUGCUUCCUCUUUCAAUGUGCUAUAACCCAUUGAUAGCCCAAUGAAAAGUGUACUCCUUAGAAACACUGAAAAACAAUUUGUAGUUCAAUAUUUGCUAUGCCUUUUUAAAAAUCUCUCUAGGAGUAUGUUUUUCAGCUAUACAUGUUUUGGUUGUCUUGGGCACAAAUUGUUUUAACAACAGUACAUGAUGGAUACUGUGUACAACUUUCAUCCUGUCAAUGUUCAGUGCUGCUAAGCUAUUUCCGACAUUCCCAAGGCUCCGAAAGGGCCAGUUGGUUCAAACUGAUAGCCUUGUCAUUGUCAAGAUUUCCUGGUUUUCUGAACCUCUGUAUUGGAGUAGAUUUUCGUAAUUGAGUAGAUUUUUUUUUUUUAUGUGGCAUUUGUUUCUCAAUAUGUUUUUUAAAACAAUUUAAACCAAAAUAGAUGAUACUUUUAUAUUUUAUACUAUCAUUCUUAAUUUAACAAUGCAAUAUUGUACAAAACCUUGAGAUUUUCCUACUAUUUAAUUUGAUUGUAAAUAACUUGUAUUUAUAAAAGACAAAUGUAUAUAUGUUUAUGUGAUAUGCCUGUCGCAA